ACGGUGCGUGAGUUAAGUGGAUAUCACGACAACCAGAUGGCUCUGGUGACACCAUGACAAUGGACAAUUGUCCAACAACAUUGCUGGUUAGUGGCUGUGUGGUAAAACAUAUGAUUCAACUGAUUUACUGUUGAUGAAAAAAACUUAAUGAUGGCUGGAGACCCGGUGGCAGAGAAAGCUGCUGCAUCUGUUCUCAAGCGGGCUGUGGAGCUAGAUAAAGCAAAGAGAUUCACUGAAUCUCUCGUGUGCUACCAAGAAGGAUUGCAACUACUGAUGGAAGCCCUCAAAGCCAAAGGGCAAGAGGAUGGCAGGAGAGCUGAAUUGAGGAAGAGAGUAGUAGACUAUAUGGACAGAGCAGAAUUUCUGAAGAAGCAUGUCGAAAAUGAGAAAGAGGCUGGCAAAUACCACGAGAAAAUUGAAAUCACUGCCAACUCUGUUGGCUACAGCUAUCAAAAAGUCCUUGGGAGGUUCCUCGAUGAACAUGUAACCAGAGUGGAGAUUGAAGACCCCUACAUUCGUAGCAUUCACCAGGUGUAUAACUUAUUGAGGCUAAGCGAGCUCUUGGUGAGUAACUGCCGCAAUCUGAAAAGCAUCUUUCUACUGACGGGGAGAGAGCCCGGCAAUCAACAAGAAAUGUUGGACGAGCUGAAGCAAAGUCUAGCCAAACACAAAGUAGUGCUCACGGUUGAAUAUUCAACCACUCUACACGAUCGAGAAAUUCGCUUAGACAAUGGCUGGGUUAUCAAGAUCGGUCGAGGGUUGGACUAUUUCCGACCUCCCGAAGGCAAAUUCUCUCUGGGCUACUGUGACUUUGAUUUGAGACAAUGUCACGCCACGACCAUUGACAUUUUUCACAGUAGCACCGUCCGAUCGAUUCCCAAAUAAUAAGUGAUACAUUUUCAAAUACCUCCUAAUCAAGAUUAAGGGUUCAUUGAACCUCCAACAUUCUUUUGUGAUCGUAAAAAGAUUAUUAUGAUGCUGAAAGUGAUACCCUAAAGUCAGAUGCAAAAAGACUUUGACCUUUCGUCCGUCUUUUAUAAUGCCCUUUAGCUCCAGGAAUAUUUCCUUUGUUUUAAUCGAAAGUACAAUGACUUGUCAAUCGUCGUUCGCGCAGCAGGAGAACUAAACAUACGGUAUCCUUUAUCAAUAAUUCAUACAUUUUUUGUUGUUGUACUUCAAUUUUGUGUAUUUGGCGUCUCUCAAGACUGAAGCACAAGAAAUCAAAAUCAUUUUACCAAAUUCAGUGCCAAUAUGUUUGUUCUCAUUUGAGAGAAAUUGAUUCGGAAUGUUUGAUUUAAAUAAAGUAUUUUUUAUUAUUGCUGA